CGAAACAGAUGGUUUAAACAAGUGUCACGGCGCUCAUAUAAGGAGAAAGAACGGUCCCCAGACCAGAGCAUUGUUUCGGGAGACAAAAUGGGAUACGUUCUGUUGUUUUUCCUGAUUGGAGUUGCGGCCGCAGACUUCACCGGGCACCGGCUUGUUUCGAUAAAUGCUCGCUCUAGAGAGGACUUAGACUUUCUGAAUGCUUUAGGUGAAAAUCCCGAUUUCGAAGGGCUGGAUUUCUGGACUGAUCUCUCCGUCUACCGACCGGUCGAAGUGCGUGUUUCACCAAACGAUUAUGAGAAAUUGCAACAAACACUUAAGAGCGUUGGCAUUUCGUUUGACGUCAUAAAUGAAAACAUACAAGAUAUGAUAGACGAGGAGAGAAGGUCCAUGGAAAAAAUCCCGAAGGUUGGCCUUUGCAAUCCGCAAACGACAUAUUGUACCUACGAUGAGAUCGGAGCAUGGUUGAGUUCUAUGGCUUCAAGCAACCCAUAUCGAAUGCAGUUUACAUAUUUGGACGGGCUUUCCUACGAGGGAAGGGAGAUUUACCAAGUUAAGAUUGCUGGAGACAUGUAUAAUCCCAAAGAAGCUGUUUGGAUUGAGGCUGGUACGCAUGCGCGAGAAUGGAUUGCAAUAUCGUCUGCUCUAAAUUUGAUUGAAAAGCUACUUAGCAACUCCAAUGAGGCUACCGAAAUGCUGUCGAAGUACGACUGGUAUAUCGUGCCCGUACAUAAUCCUGAUGGUUACUUGUAUACCCAUGCAUCAAGCAAUAAUAGGCUGUGGAGGAAAAACAGACAACCCUGUAACAUGUUUUACACAGGGACCGAUUUAAACCGGAACUGGGAAGCUAAUUUCGGAGGGCCCGGAUCUUCAUCGUCCUGUUUCAGUGAAACAUACAGAGGAACGACAGCUUUUUCGGCACCUGAAACAGCUGCCCUGAGAGACGCAGUGUUGGCAACACCUUUGGUCAAGGCUUUCUUCUCUGUCCAUUGCUACUCCGAGUACAUGCUCGUUCCGUAUGGCUACACGUCAGCUUAUCCUGGUAGAUAUGAUCACCUAAUGGAUGUAGCUAAUUACAUGAUGAUGUGGCUGGAGACAAUUGACGAAAGGUACUACUUAACCGGGACACCGCCAGAUAUUCUGUAUGAGGCUUCUGGAGGUGCCUAUGACUACUUCUAUACACAAGACAUUCCUUACUCGUACACAUACGAACUGCGUCCGAAGAGUGGAACCAGUAACGGUUUUGUACUUCCGGCGUCCGAGAUCCCUCUGGCUGCAGACGAGUUGUUCAUUUCACUCUGGGCAUUUUCCAACAUAACCAAUCUUAACUGGGACAUGGAACCUUCACAUCCUUAAAGGAAACAGCAAAAUGAAAAUGUUUUUUUUCUAUUCUCAAUGAAUGUAGUAAAAUUAUCUAUGAAAGUAAAGUAAACUGUUUCACGAAAUCAAAGCCAUUAUUUUUUUGAUACCGUCAGGGUGUAUUAAGGAAAUAGUCUAUUCAUGAGAAUAAUUCUACUUUUCAUUAGAAUAUCUGGACUUUUCGUUAGAAUAUGACUAUGUUUCAGAUAAAAAUAAUAAUUAUUUUUAGAUAUGUUGCGAUAAAUAUUAUGAGUUUAUUUAACAGACAGUGUUAAGUACAAUGUUGAAUUCUAUUGGACGAGUACACAGCUGUAAUAUAAUCCAAAUAUGGCUUAUUACUGCUGUGUACCAAUUGAAUUCAGUAUUGUAUCAAACACUGUUAAAUUACCUCUUUAUUUCACACCAUAAAAAGAACAGAUGUAGAAAACAAAAAUUCUAAUAUGCUUUUCUCUGUUAAAACACACUUACGCUAGAAUGACUUCACGUUAACGUGCAGUGACGUCAAACUAAGGAAGAGCGCUACUACAUUUUAUCUACUGUUUCAGAUUAAAUUUUUUUUAUAUCAAAACCGUGUUUUAACACUUAGUCUAUUUAUACACUCGGGUGGUAAUACUGCGCCCUCGUGAAAUUAUUACGCCCGACGUAUAACCGCCCAUCGUGCAUAAAUAGUGUUAAAACACUCUUUUGUUAUGAUUUGUUUUCUUAAUUCAAACAUUUAAGUUCAUUUAACAACAGCACAUAUCAAUUUAAAAUACGUUCUUCUCUGAUAAUACAUAGAUCUAUACAUUUACUCUCAACGCAAAAAAAAUCGAAAACAAUUUUUUUUGAAAUUUUGAACCGUAGCCACGAAACUGUAAUUGGAUAGAAAACGUUCUAACUAAGAAAUUGGGUGUUUUCACUUACAUGUUUCAUUAAAAAUAAAAAAAUUAUCGUAAUUUUUUAACAAAAAAUAAUACUACUGUCGCUAUAUAGCUUACGCGGGAAAUAAUUUCAAAUGCCUCCUUAUAAGAAAUCGGAACAGUUGUCCCGACCAAUAUGAAAAAAGUUAUCGAUUUUUAGGACUGGAGUCCAAUAGGAAAAAAUAUGGAGAUUGUGGACUGUAGAUUUUGGAUGUUACUAUUUAUACUUAAGAAAAUGUGAAUGCGUUUUAAAUCACAUACUAUAUACAAUACUGGUUUCUACUGAAUUGUCACGUGAUAGAAAGAAAGGCCUCCUAUUGGUUAAAAAUAUCUCGUAUUGAACAGUUCAAUGUUAAAUAACCUUUUUAUUCUUUAUCUAUUUAAUUUUAGUUUAUAUUAAAAAUUAUUCACUGAA